AUGAGGUUCCUAUACAGCGAGUUGCUGAAGUACAGCCCUGACGAACCAGCCGACAGCCUCUUCAUGCCGGCCCAAGACAACAGGCUGCAGAUCAAACCCGGAAUAACGUUCCAUCUGUACAUCAGCACGGCCCCCUGCGGAGACGGCGCCCUGUUCGACAAGUCGUGCAGCGAGCCACCCACCAUGGAGGGUGACGAAUCGCACCACCCGCUCUUCGAGAACCCGAAGCAGGGCAAGCUGCGCACCAAGGUGGAGAACGGUGAGGGGACGAUCCCGGUGGAGUCGAGCGACAUCGUGCCCACGUGGGACGGCAUCCAGCACGGGGAGCGGCUGCGUACCAUGUCGUGCAGCGACAAGAUCCUACGCUGGAACGUGCUGGGCCUGCAGGGAGCUCUGCUCUCCCACUUCAUCCACCCCGUCUAUCUCAGCUCCAUCACUCUGGGCUACCUGUACAGCCACGGGCAUCUGGCGCGAGCAGUCUGCUGCCGCAUGUCCCGCGAUGGAGACGAGCUUCGUGCAGCUCUGCCGUACCCCUACAUCCUCAAUCACCCCCUGCUCUCCGGAGAGAUGAAAGGGGUGAGGACUGGGGGAUGGAGUGGGGUGGGAGGGGGUGGGGGGGAUAACGGCUCCGUAUCUGACCCUGCUUCCAACCCCUCCCUGCAGGAAUCCUACCCCUUGGUGCCCCCCAUAUGGUUUGUCGAGUCUGAUGACCCAAGCCUGGCUGCCGUGCUGGAGCGGCUUGUCGACCUCAAGAAAGGCAGCACCCUGCUGCUUCAGCACUUGAAGCGAAUAAUCUCCGACCUGUGCAAACUCUACAACCUCCCUCAGCACCCCGACGUCGAGAUGUUGGAUCAGCCUCUACCGACGGAACAGAGCACGCGAGAUGACGUCACGUCCGAGGAGGAAGACGAGGAGAUGGCGGAGGACAAUGAGGACCUGGACCAUUACGAAAUGAAAGAGGAAGAGCCAGCGGAGGGCAAGAAGUCUGAGGACGAGGGGAUCGGCAAGGAAAACCUGGCGAUAUUGGAGAAAAUUAAAAAGAACCAGAGGCAAGAUUAUCUAAAUGGGGCGGUGUCGGGAUCUGUUCAGGCCACCGACCGACUUAUGAAAGAACUCAGGGAUAUUUACCGAUCAGAGAGUUUUAAAGCAGGAAACUACGCAGUCGAGCUCGUCAACGACAGCUUAUACGACUGGAACGUGAAGAUCCUCAAGGUCGACCAGGACAGUGCUUUGCACAACGACCUCCAAAUCCUCAAAGAGAAAGAGGGCGUUGACUUCAUUUUGUUAAAUUUCUCUUUUAAAGACAAUUUCCCUUUCGACCCGCCCUUUGUACGAGUCGUGUCUCCAGUGCUCUCUGGAGGCUACGUCCUUGGAGGGGGAGCCAUAUGCAUGGAACUGCUCACGAAACAGGGCUGGAGCAGCGCCUACUCCAUCGAGUCUGUUAUCAUGCAAAUCAGUGCAACGCUCGUGAAAGGGAAGGCCAGGAUCCAGUUUGGGGCCAAUAAGUCACAGUACAGUUUGAGCAGAGCCCAGCAGUCCUAUAAAUCGCUGGUCCAGAUUCAUGAGAAAAAUGGUUGGUAUACCCCGCCCAAGGAGGAUGGUUAACCCGGCCGGCUGCCCUGUGUGUGCUUCAGGACCAAUUAAGCUGCACCAGUUGGGGAAAAAACUCCAUUUUAUCAGUAGCUGCCUCUUCCCCUGUGAGACGGAUGGGCCUCAAUCGGACUCUUGGAUCAUAUACUCACUAUAAAAUAAAAACCUGUAUAUACAAGUAUACAUCUGUACACUCACGGACAAAUACUGCAAACUCCUUGUCUGUUGCCAGACCCUGUUCUCGGCAUCCUGCUCCUGCAGACUCUCAAAUCCACUUCAUGUAAACUGGAUUUUGAAUAGAUUCGGAUCAAUUUUACAUCUAGUUUUUGUUUCAUUUUUGCCCCUGUUCCCCCAUACCCACUUCCCUCUCACUAGGCAUCAAUGUGGACCUUUAAUUUAUUUUUUCUUCUUCACACGCACCUUUUUUUUCUCUUUUUUGUUUUUGUUGUUUAAAAUGUAUGCUGGUUUUGUGAAGAUGUGUAUCUUUCUGAAACAAUAAUUACAGUUUAUUAAUGACUGCA